UAAAAAGCUCCAUGAGCAUGAUCACUCCAUGCAAAGAGAUCACAAACCAUGGAAGACUUAGAGCAAUGUUUUGAAGAUCAAACCAAUAGGAGAAAUAGCGAAGCUCAUCAUGGAUAUUAUUUGUUUGGUGAAGAGAAGAACAAGUUCAGUGAUAAUAUUUUAUCUGAAGAGGAAUUAGCACUACGAAAAGAGAUCGAGAUCGAAAUAGAGAAUGAAUUGGAGGAGGAGAUCAAACAAGAACUUGGUCAUCUUGCUUUUCGGCUUCGAGGAUUGUAUCGGCACAAGAUGGCUAGGAUGAACAUAUGCAAAAGAGGAGAACAAUCAAGCAAAGAGAAGGUCAUGGAGGUGAGAGUAAUAAGCAUUAGAAUGGAAGGAGAAGAGUACAAGAUUGAGAUAAAUGAGAAUAACAAAACUAGAACUCAAACAUCAAUAAAAUCACAAGUUAAGCAAGGAAAGAAGGUUUGUGUAAACAAGCAUGUUGAUUGGGCAAGCACUCUGCGUUCAGGAAACCAUUGCAUUGUUCCCAUUGAUCAAAUUGCUAAGAAGAAAAGAUUCAAUCCAGAGAAAACAAGUUGA